CACAUAAAUUCAUGAAUAAUACACUUCACAAGUCACUCUAAAGUCUAAAUUCUCUUUACGUAGCACGCUUUGCUAUCUCACCCUUCCUCAUUCCUUCUCCUCAUAUAUAUCUUCGCUCCUCCAUUUAUAUAUGAUCAACUCUCACUACUCAAAGCACACAUCGUUAGCCAUAUUUUUGUAUACAAAAAAAAUGGAAGUUGUGUGCCCUAAACUCUGUGAGCUUUGCAAUGACCAAGCCGCACUAUUUUGCCCAUCCGAUUCAGCUUUUCUUUGUUUCCACUGUGAUGCAAAGGUUCAUCAGGCUAAUUUCCUUGUUGCUCGCCACCUUCGUGUUGCUCUUUGCUCGCACUGUAGCUCAUUGACAAAAACGCCUUUCGGUUCUCAUCCCGCUCUUUGUCUUUCCUGUUCCCGGAAUUCCUCUGACGACGACUCCGAUCUCUGUUCUCUUUCCUCCUCAUCCUCGUCUACUUGUAUUUCCAGCACGCAAUCCUGUGCUACUACUCAAAAGAACAUAAGCUCGUCCGAUCGAAAGCAAAACGAUUUUUCCGGCGAAGUUAAUUCUGCAGUAACAGCAUGCCCUAAACCCAACGAAUUAGCGCGAUCCAGAAGUACUGUGAAAUUGCGAGAUCCAAGGAUGGCGACUGGUGUGUUUAUGCAUUGGUGCACGAAACUAGGGAUGUACGGUGAGGAAAGUGCAGUGCAAACUGCUUGUGGUGCGUUAGAGAUUUGUUUUGGUAGGUUUAGGGGUUUGCCUGUGCGGGUAGGCAUGGCAGCGUGUUUGUUGUUCGGUUUGAGAAAUAACGGCGACGGAUUAAAAUCCACACAGCGAUUUUUGAAGAGAUUGGAGGAGAUUUCGGGUGUGCCAGCGAAGCUAAUAUUAGCCACUGAAUUGAAGCUGCAAAAAAUUGUGAAAGUUAACAACCAACGACGACGUCAAGGAAUGGAGGAAAGCUGGGGUGAAUGGUCACCCUGAUUUUUUGAAGGAUUUUGUUUCUCUAUUUUUCUAUAAUUUCUUACUACUAUUUCUUUUGUGGAAAAGUUUGAACAUGGACGUCCAUUUUACAGUACUAUUUUCUUUUGUUUUCUCUUUUCAUAAUUUUAUCACGCUUUUGAUAGAGUAAAGUCACAGUGUCGGACCACCGGAAAAUGAAAAAGAGAGGGAGAACGAUUACAAC